UAUGCAUGCUUGUUUUUUUUUUAAAUCUAAUAAUUAUUUUAAACCGAGUUUUAAGAAGAGGUCAUUUGGGAAUGUAUUCAAUAUUUUGGAUAUUUGUGUUUUCUUAAUGAUUGCAAAUAAGGGUUUAAAGCCUAAGAUAACAAUAAAGGAGAUAUAACUUAAACAAGGAAGUAAUUUGCUUCUGAAUACAAUGCAGUGAUUCAUAUACUCAUAUGAAGAUAUAGGGUUUACAGUGAAAUAAUUAAUAAUAUUUGACAAAUAAUCAUCACUUCAUCCCACAAACCACACACACUUGUUUAUUAAAGAACGUUUUGACUUCAUUCCUUUUAUCUUAAACUGCAUUACCAAAAAUUAUGGCUUCAAAACAGAUUCAGUGUGAAAUGUGCAGUAACGAAAAUGCAAUUGGAUAUUGCAAAACCUGUGGAUACCUUGGAGAAACUUGUAUAGAUAUUCACAAGAUAGGAAAAAUGUUUAAAACUCACAAUGUCAGUUUGAAUGAGGAAAAUAAUGAUAACCCAAAGAUCACUAUGCGGGACAUCACUGAAGAGAGAUGUAAGCAGCAUCCGACAGAGAGAACGAUAUUUCUUUGUAAAAAUCAUGAUUCCGUGAUCUGUGGCAGAUGCCUUCAUUCAGAACAUCAUUCUUGCAUUAAAGAGGUUGUUGACUUGCUGCAUGGAGAUAUAAACAUUGAUUGCGAUAAAGUCAACACGAUGAAAUCACUGUUCAAUGAGCUAAAAGCAGACAUUCUGUUUUUGAAAGAUGAAGCAGAACACAGUAAGGAGAGCUACAAGAAUAAUGCUGAUCAAUGCGUGGAAGAUUGUAUGGAAUUACGAAAUAAAAUAAUACAGCGUGUAGAUGAAUUGACAAGUAGCAUUAAAGACGGAAUAAGAGAGAGAUAUGAAGAAAAUAUAAACACCUUUUCCCAUAUUACUAAGAUGUGUGAUGAGAAAAUCAAGUGGUGUGACAAUGAAGAAAUAAAAAUUGAUGAUUUCGUUGACAAUAAAAUGGCUGGGCGCUUGUUCCUCGUGAGUAGACAUUUUGAGAAAGAGGUUUCGGACGCAAGAUCCCACCUCAAAGAAAUUAAACACAUACACACGUUUAAAGGGAUUGGCUUUAAAGAAAACAAAGUUAUUCUAAAAUGUGUGUUUGAGGACUUGGAGGAAGUUUGUGAACAACAUGAAGAAGUUACAGGGAGCGACGAUGGACAUGCCAACGACGUUGUCGCAUUCAUCACAGAAAUUAACAAGACACGGCGAGAGCUCACUGCAUUGUUGAAAAAGGCAAGAAAUGAAUUAGACGAAUCAGAAAAGGCAAGACAGUCACUGAGUGAUGAGCUGAAACAAGUGAAACAAGACCUGGAUAAAUCAGAAAAGACAAGACAGUCACUGUGUGGUAAGCUGAAACAAGUGAAACAAGACCUGGAUAAAUCAGAGAAGGCUAGAAUGGAUAUCGAGGCGGAGUUAAAAGGAACUAAAGAAGACUUGAAUCGAGUUGAAAGGGAAAGAGUAAUAAUGCCAGCGAAGUUCCCACACAUAGAAGAUCACUUGAACUUUAAGUUGUCCUUAAAUGACUUCGUUCUAUACAGGGAGUCAACCGACUGGAACAGUUGAGGUCAAGACCAGCAUAGAAGAAACGUUGAAUGGCCAUUUGUGUUGCAUCUUUGUGUUGGAUUUUACCUUCCCGGAUGGCAUUCAGACGACGCACCAUCCGUCCCCGGGAAAACCGUAUAAAGGCGGCACGUUCACGGGACACUUGAGGGACGACCAUGAGGGCGAGCUGCUAUGUAGAAUGUUAAAGGCGGUGUUCAGGAGAGGGGUGAUGUUCAACUUGGGGAAAGAAGGAAAGGUUGUCCUGGAUGGCAUCUCAUUGUAUGAUGGUUAUGUGCAUUUCAGAUAUUUGGGAAAAACUUUGGCUUACAAUAAAUACAUACAGACCUGGAAAGCCGAGCUGGCUGCCAAAGGCAUCACAGAGGCGAGCAUAGAUCAGACGGGGGAGCUGAAAGAGACUUUUACUGUCGAUGAUCGUUAACUUUUAUCAGUCUUAUGAUAUCGAUGGUCGUACUGCGAAUGAUAUUGUCCAUUAUCCAUAUGUAUGUUGGUGUUGUUAUAACAUUACAUGCCGGUCUGGAGUCUUUCUCCAUAUAAUCUAUUUUGCCUAUGUGUCUUUAUCGUGUAUAGUUUUGGACUGCUUGGACAAGGGAAUAGAAAUGGUAACUUAAACUUUACAUUAGUAAACGGAUUUGUUUCAAUACAAACAAUGAACUAUGUUGUCCAAUUUACAUAGGAUAAUUUCAAUAUCUUGAAAUCAUUAUUAAUAAAAAUGACUUAACUAACAGCUAAAUUAAUGUCUCAAAAACAUACUAACACUUUUUUAUUUAUCAUCUUUGAGAUAGCAAUAAUAAUUUUAUACUGUAUAUCCAUGUGACUGUAAUUCCUUAUUCUGUUUGAAGGUGUACGUUAGCAUUUCAGGUGUAUGAAAAC